GUGCAAUUGCACCGCUGCGUCCAUCCGUGUGUUACACCGGUGGCGUCACAAAGGAAAAGAACGCGUCGUCAAAGAGAGACGGCGACGUCCUUUUCUUUCUUUCUUUCCCCACAAAAAGUUCCUUCUUUGUAGUGUUCUGUCGAGGCAGCAUGUUACGCCUAAGCGUGGCUCUCCGCAAGAACCCGGUGGUGUUCAAACAGGGACAGGGCAUGUUCUCCCACCAGCUUAAGCGCAUCCUCAAUAAAAAGUCCCUCCACAAGUACAACUGGGACCCGCUGCCCAUGUACGAGCCACGAAAACUGGUCCACGCAAACCGCUACGUUGACCACGAUACGUACGAGGAGAAGUACGACCCACACUGGGAGCACAACGCGCACCUGGUGCCGGAUCAAGCGUUCUACAACGUUCCCGUGCCGAAGGAGUACAAGGACGCCUACUGGUGGCGGGAUUUGCAGGCACGCCGCAUCCAGUGCCCGACGGAGUGGGUGCACCACCGCAUGCACACGAAAGAUAGGCAGAAGUACGACUUCCAAGAUCUGGCGUUUCGGAAGAAGUUUGAGUUCUCCUACGAGGACGUGGUCGCGAACGCGAAGGAGAUGCGCAACUAG